AUGGAGUCUGUGGAGACCCCUGUCAAGGAUGGCAUCCUUUACCAGCAGCACAUGAAGUUUGGCAAGAAAUACUGGCGGAAAGUGUGGGCUCUACUGUAUGCAGGAGGCCCAUCAGGUGUAGCUCGGCUGGAAAGCUGGGAUGUUCGUGAUGGUGGCCUGGGGCCAGCAGGCGACAGAUCUGUAGGGCCUGGCCGUCGAGGCGAACGUCGGGUCAUACGUUUGGCUGACUGUGUGUCUGUUCUGCCGGCCGAUGGUGAGAAUUGUCCCAGGGACACCGGUGCCUUUCUGAUUACUACCACUGAGCGAAGCCACCUGCUGGCUGCACAGCACCGCCAAUCAUGGAUUGGCCCCAUUUGCCAGCUGGCUUUUCCGGGCACCGGAGAAUGUUCUGGAUCAGGACAGGCUGAGACUCCAAAAAGAGGCUUUGUUCCCAUGGAGGAAAACUCUAUCUACUCCUCCUGGCAAGAAGUGGCUGAGUUUCCAGUGGUCGUACAGAGGACAGAAGCCACCACCCGCUGCCAGCUGAAAGGCCCCUACCUCCUGGUGCUGGGCCAAGAUGACAUUCAGCUUCGGGAGACUUCUAACCCCCAAGCCUGCUACAGCUGGCCCUACCGUUUCCUGCGCAAGUUUGGCUCCGACAAGGGCGUGUUCUCUUUUGAGGCUGGUCGACGCUGUGACUCGGGCGAGGGCCUUUUUGCCUUCAGUAGUCCACGUGCCCCAGACAUAUGUGGAGCUGUGGCUGCAGCCAUUGCCCGCCAGCGGGAACGUCUUCCAGAGGCAGCCACAUCCCCGCCCUGCCCCCUGCCUCGGGCCCUCUCCCUGCCCUCCCUAGAGCCCCCUGGAGAGCUUCGGGAAGUGGCCCCAGGGUCUGAGCUGGCCACUCCCAGAAAGCUGCCUGUGGCCGAUCAUGGGCCUCAAAGCCUGCCGUUGCUGCUCAGUCCUACACAAGAAGAAACAGUAUCCGGUCUCUAUGCGUCUGUGUGUAAGCAGACCAGCAAGCCCACAGCUACUAGAGAGCACCUCUAUGAGAACCUGUGUGUGCUGGAGGCCAGUCCUGGGCUGUCCAAUGGGGGUCCUAAGUCCCAAGAGGGCCCUCCUGGCCACAGCCCCCUAUCCAGCCCCAUCUAUCACAACAGUGAGGACCUGAGUUGGCCUGGCUCAACCCAGGACGGCAGCUUGGAAGCCCAGUACCGGAGGCUGCUAGAAAUGGAGCUAGAUGAGGCUGGAGGAGCUAGCCGCUCGGGUGCACAGGCAGGCAUCAAGGCCAAGCUGGUGACCCUGCUGACCCGUGAACGGAAGAAGGGCCUUGCUCCCUGUGACCGGCCCUGAAGGCCUGUGCAGUGACCGCAAGACAGAGGUGAUCUCCUAGGAGCCCGAGGGAGCAACUUUAAACAUAGCCUCUGUCUGCUCCGACCUGCUUGGAGAAGCCAGGCAGUGGGGAGGAGCCACUUGCUGCCCCACCCACUCCCAGUGGACAGUGUACAGAUUGAUGAAUAAUAAA